GAUCAACUGCGCAACGCGAUGCUCGCAAUCGGCAGAUUCUGGGCGACAAUCAUGUUUCUGUGCUCUCCUGCAUGGAGCUGACGCCCUUCCGCACCCCCUGUCGUUUUACCUGGUGCAGAGUGGUCUGUGGUCUCAUGGAUCUAGGAUCUAUUUGCUGCUAGCGUCCUGCUCCCAUUCAGCUCGUGCAAGCCACCAAUCCGACGAGACAUCGUCCUGCGGUGAUGGCACCUCUUCACACAACACCCAUGUCAUACCAUAACCAGUCUUUUUGAACUAGUAGGCGAGCUAACUUGAGGCUGAAUGGAGCGGAGGAUGGAGUUGUACCAAUGCAAGCACCAGGAAAGCGGCUGGGCAGCUACGAUUCAUCAGACCGACGGAGACUAUGCUGCAGUAGCUCAGGCAUAUUUUGUGCUUUCUCUGCCCAGGUCCCCUUGUGCCGUUACUGGCGCGAUAAAACCAUUUGGGCGUGCCCCCAACACGAACUGUUUCCCCUUUCUUCUGCUCCUUCUUGUCCUCAGCACGCGGUGAAGCCAGCUUCUGAGACACGGCAUUGUCAAUCCGCUUCUCGAGAAACAGUACCGCUUUGAAGCCUAGCCAUCAUGAACAAGGCAACAAGUGUUUAUGCCGCACUUGCGGCCCUACUGGCUGCUGCCGAUGCUCGCAACUUGAACCAGCUUCCUAGAGCAACUGCUGCUUCCGACUAUGCCUUUGAUGGCUUCUCCCCCAAGCCAACUGAAGCUAUCAAUUUCCCCUUCCACCAAGCUCUUCAGCGCCGCGCCGGCUCAUCAUCAUCAAGCGUCGAGACAGUCUAUCUUGCCCCUGAUGCCACUUGUGGCUACAUCUCUGGUCUUGCUGGCGCGGGAUACACAUGUGGCGUCUCAGCAACAUGCGUCUUCUUCACAUCCUCGGCUGCUGGUCCGGGACAUGUCGCCUGCUGUAACUCGGUAGACUGCAAUGCCAGAAACGUUUGUAUCGACUACGAAGGCUACUUUAGCUCGAGCAAGUGUAACGAUGGCUGCAAGGUCGAUACUUUCACUCUCAAAUGCACCAACACGGCGCUGCCUUACUGCAACACAAUUUCCUUCCCUGGAGAUAUCAUGGACGUCUUCUGCAACAAUGUUGAUAUCACGGAUGUCCAGGCUGCGCUGACCACAUACCGUGGCGAGGCUUCUAGGAGGUUCACCCCUUUGCCAUUGACGGGCAAUAAUGCUCAGAGCACUAUCGCCACCGACUUUACCUCCUCGCAGACAUCAUCGUCGUCAUCUUCUACCACUACUGGCCCAUCUCCAACAACAACACCUCCUGCUCCCAGUGGCGGCGGCGGCUCCAACACUGGUGCCAUUGUUGGAGGCGUCGUCGGAGGUGUAGCCGGUCUUGGUCUGAUUGGUCUCGCUGCGUUCUUCUUCCUCCGCCGCAAGAAGAACAAUACGGCCGCCCCGCAGGAGGGAAUGGCCCAGGUUCCUCCCGUCUACCACCCUCCUCCUGGAGUGCAGGAGACACCUCAGGGCCAUUACGACCCCAAGUUCGCCGCGGCUACAGGACAAUAUCCUCAGUACCCUCCGCAGCAGGGAUACUACCAGACUACUCCUGAGGGCCACACCAUCUCUACCGUCUCCCCCGUGGAUCCUCGAUUUAGCACUGCUGCGUCAAGCACUAGCCCAGUUCCAUCUGGUGGUUACGUGGCUCCUGGACCUGGAGCCUUCCAGCCCCAGGAGAAUGUUAUCCAUGAGGCUCCGGCGCAGCCUUCAGAAAACCAUCGCGGCGAAAUGCAUGAGCUUGCUUAGAUGGCAGCAAUAAUUAAGCGGCAUGGUUGACGAAGUUAAUAUCAUUCGAGAUGAAAAUGUGAGAUGAGAUGGAAGCAAGUAUAUAUACGUGUAAGUUGGCGUUUGCGGGAUUUGGAACUUUGUCUUUGGCUUGAGUGGCCGGAGUUGAUUAAAACCCUCGGGUCUCUCUUUAAAUACGUUGUUUUACCGCAGAAGGAAUUCAGCGGUCUUAAUAUUGUUCCUCGUGUGGCAUCUUUAAUUAAUGGCGAGGAUUCAUGUUAUUUAUUAUCAGGUCUCGAUUCCCGCCAUUAUGCAUGUCCUGCCUGCGCAUACUUACUGCGCGGCGACAAUCUUUCUUGUACACAAUUGGCAAAGAUGCAGAUGAAAAUGAAAGGGAAUGUGUGAAUACUAUUAAUCUAUAUCAUAUUUCUGAAAACCAUCAACAAUGCCUCGUCCUGUCGUUGAAACAUGGUGGAAUAGCCCACUUUAUAAGCAUUGCUGUUGGUGGGGUUGUGACGGAGUAAAUCGAGGCUUAGAUGUGGAUUUAUGCGAUGAAAUUCCAGAUGAUAAUGCAUGAAUAUGUCUGUGCUGGCUUUAUUUAUGAGAUUGGCGAAUUGCUUGGCGUUGGUUUGUGAAUUGAAGUGUGAAGUUCUCUAUGGUGGCGAUUUUUAAUGCAUUGGCUCUGAGCCAUGGAUUGAGGAAGCUGCCGUGUGUUGAUGCUGAGAGUAUUUGCUCUCAUGUCAUUUGAGUUUAUCGAUGUGUAUUUGCUUCUAAUUGUUGGUAUGAGUGAGAUUAGAGAUAGAAAGUUACAAGUUUGAGUAGUUGCGUCAUCGUCUUUGUUAUCUGUGAUGAGAUGUCAUUCUCUUCAAUUCG